GAAGUGUUUCUGGGGAGGAGACCAUCCACAGCUGGGUUGUCUGAGAUUGAGGUGGCUCUCAGCUGCAGUGAGUGUAGGGUCCUUGGGUGUCUGCCUUACCUGGUUGCUUUCUCAGUGUUAAAGUGUGAAGAGUAAGGAUGUCCAUGAACAAGGGCCCGACCCUGCUGGAUGGAGACCUCCCUGAACAGGAGAAUGUGCUCCAGAGAGUCCUGCAGCUGCCUGUGGUGAGCGGGACCUGUGAGUGCUUCCAGAAGACCUAUAACAGCACCAAAGAAGCCCACCCCCUGGUGGCCUCUGUGUGCAAUGCCUAUGAGAAGGGUGUACAGGGUGCCAGCAACCUGGCUGCCUGGAGCAUGGAGCCGGUGGUCCGCCGGCUCUCCACCCAGUUCACAGCUGCUAAUGAGUUGGCCUGCAGAGGCCUGGACCACCUGGAGGAAAAGAUCCCGGCUCUUCAAUACCCUCCGGAAAAGAUCGCCUCUGAACUGAAGGGCACCAUCUCUACCCGCCUCCGAAGCGCCAGGAACAGCAUCAGCGUGCCCAUUGCAAGCACUUCUGACAAGGUUCUGGGGGCCACUCUGGCCGGCUGUGAGCUUGCCUUGGGGAUGGCCAAGGAGACAGCGGAAUAUGCUGCCAACACCCGAGUUGGCCGACUGGCCUCUGGAGGGGCUGAUCUGGCUUUGGGAAGCAUCGAGAAGGUGGUAGAAUAUCUCCUGCCACCAGACAAGGUGGAGUCAGCCCCUUCUUCAGGACGGCAAAAGAUGCAGAAGGCUCCCAAGGCCAAACCAAGCCUUUUGAGGAGGGUCAGCACCCUGGCCAACACUCUUUCUCGACACACCAUGCAGACCACAGCACGGGCCCUGAAGCGGGGUCACUCUCUGGCCAUGUGGAUCCCGGGUGUGGCACCCCUGAGCAGCCUGGCCCAGUGGGGUGCAUCGGCAGCCAUGCAGGUGGUGUCCCGGCGGCAGAGUGAGGUACGGGUGCCCUGGUUGCACAACCUGGCAGCCUCCAAGGAUGAGAACCAUGAAGACCAGACAGACACAGAGGGAGAGGAGACAGAUGAGGAGGAAGAAGAAGAAGAGUCAGAGGCCGAGGAGAACGUGCUCAGAGAGGUAACAGCCCUGCCCACCCCUCUCGGCUUCCUGGGUGGUGUGGUACACACCGUGCAGAAGACUCUGCAGAACACCAUCUCGGCGGUGACAUGGGCACCUGCGGCUGUGCUGGGCACGGUGGGAAGGAUCCUACACCUCACACCAGCCCAGGCUGUCUCCUCCACCAAAGGGAGGGCCAUGUCCCUAUCCGAUGCCCUGAAGGGUGUUACGGAUAACGUGGUAGACACUGUGGUACACUAUGUCCCGCUUCCCAGGCUGUCCCUGAUGGAGCCCGAGAGCGAAUUCCAAGACAUCGAUAAUCCUCCAGCAGAGGUGGAGCGCAAAGGGUCGGGGUCGCGGCCCGCCAGCCCAGAGUCCACGGCGCGCCCGGGCCAGCCCCGCGGCAGCUUGCGCAGCGUGCGGGGUCUCAGCGCGCCCUCUUGCCCCGAUCUGGAUGACAAAACCGAGACAUCAGCGCGUCCUGGCUUCCUGGCUAUGCCCAGAGAGAAGCCUGCGCGCAGGGUCAGCGACAGCUUCUUCCGGCCCAGCGUCAUGGAGCCCAUCCUGGGCCGCACGCAGUACAGCCAGCUGCGCAAGAAGAGCUGAGUAGCCUGCGCCCCUAACCGCCCUGGCGCCACCCUCACCGGAAGGUCGCUUCUCUCCCCAAGGAAACAGAAACCACACUUCCAAGUGGGCCACUCCUUCAGGGUGGCCUCUUGGGAGCCCGAGUCACAACCCCACGAUGUUCUCGAGACCCACAUCAUUUCUAAGGCAUCCUUGGGGCUUGACCAUCACAGUCAGGUUUUAAGGGGCACCCGAGCGGCUGUCGACUCUUUCCUCUCUCGUGGGCUGAAUCUCUCAUGGCUUUUUUUUUUUUUUAACUAUAAAAGCAAUUGCUUAAUUGGAUUUCUCACUUCUUUAACAAAACUUGGCCUGACUAGUUCUAAAAAUGUAGAUCCCUUCUCUGUGGACACGUAUUUAUUGCCAAAAAGUAGUGCGUCAGUUGACUGUUUUCUCUUCUUUCUUUUCUCUUGUUUUUCUCCUCCCUCCAUUCCUCUUUCCUCCUCCCCCCUCCCCCCUCCUCCUCCUUUCCUCCUCCUCUCCCACCUGACUCCUCCUCCUGCUCCUCCUCCUGCUCCUCCCCCUCCUCCUCUUCCUCCUCCUCCUUUUUUUCAAUCAUGUCUCCCUACAUAGUCUAGACUGGUUCCAUUUCCAGUGCUAGGUGAUCCCCUCUCUGGCCAUUUGAAUGUCAGGAAUUCUCAGCGCAUUUUUUAGCACUGAGUUGGGAGACCCUCUGAUUACCUAGCUCUCAGCAUAGUGCUUUGAAAAGAGCAACAGAGUUGCCAAAGCCUUUGUGUGUUUAUUUAGAUAACAUCUCCAGUUCCUGAGUCCUUCUCCCCUGCACAGGUGGAGCAUCAGGCCCGUCCUCUGUAGCGCCAACUUUUUCACAACCACUUUUCCAUGGCAUCACUCCUGCUUGUGUGGUCACCCUGGAAGGUUGAUACCCCAGAUGCUGGGAACCAGCAGUGAUCCCCUUUUGCUUAAACGGUGUAUAUCACAUAGAGCACAUCCCAUUCCUAGAAUACCAACACUUUGUCAAUCUAGAAAAUUCAUAAUAUAUGCUUGUAACGUCCGAAUAUUACAAA